UGCCGAUCUAAAUAUAAGAUCUAUUUCUCUUCGAAUAAUACUACUCUCUCUUCUCUUCCCCCAUUCAGCAGAAGGUCUCCUCAACGCCGUCAAGGGGUUAUUCGACGGGACAUGACAAGCGAGAAAGAUGGGGAGAUCUCGGCCCUGAGCGAUUCUCUCGACCAGCAACCGGCUCCCGCGACUAACCAUACACCUGUUCGGCGGGAUCUCACCUCGACUUGCAGGAUUCUGGGGUGCUUUUUCGUUUUCUUCAUCACUUGGGGUGUCGCUUCCUCAUUCAGUGCCUAUCAGGCCUUUUAUCAGAAGGACUUGUUAGCCGCACAUACGCCCUCCGUCAUAUCAUGGAUUGGCACGGUGCAGGUGUCAUUGAUGGGUCUCACAGGGAUCGUUUCUGGGGCCUUGUAUGACCGAGGCUAUAUUCGAACGUUGUUGGUUGUUGGUGGCUCACUGGUCACAUUCGGCUUUAUGAUGCUCAGCCUGGCCAAGGAAUACUAUCAAGUCAUUCUGGCCCAGGGCGUCUGUAUUGGGUUCGGCAAUGGAAUGCUGUAUAUACCCUCGAUAGCUGUGAUCAGCCAGACCUUUACCGCCAAGCAGCGACCACUUGCCAUCGGAGGAUCAUCGUCUGGGGCGGCCAUUGGAGGCAUCGUCCUGCCCAUCAUGUUCCGUCACUUACAACCCCAGAUCGGCUUCGGGUGGACCAAUCGCAUCUUUGGUUUCAUACUCCUCGGCAUGGUAGUAGCCUCUUUCUUCCUACUCCGGCCAGACCCAACGCAUAGACGCCCCAAGGGACAGCUAUUCGACCCUUCUGCCCUUAAGGAGCCACCGUUCGUCGUUCUCUUGGUUGGGCUAUUCUUUGUCUUCCUGGGAUAUUGGGUCCCGCUGAUCUAUAUUACACCAUACGCCCAGUUCUCCAUCAAAACGAAUGUCUCGUACGCGUUUUACCUCCUCGCCAUUCUGAAUGCCGGAAGCUUCGCAGGCCGGAUCCUCCCCGCCUUUGUCGCACACAGACUCGGUCCAGCUGUUGUCCUCUCCGCCGGCAGUAUCAGUCUCGGAAUACUGAUAUUGGCCUGGAUCGGGAUCCACGACGUUCCCGGCGUCACCAUAUGGGCAAUCUUGGUGGGGUUUAUGGCAGGCAUUACAGUAGCGAUCCCUGCUGCGGUGGUGCCGAUGCUCUCACCAACACCAAGUGUCGUGGGAGCGAGGACCGGAAUGGCAUGGUCAGGUUCCGCAUUUGCGGGCUUGAUCGGUGGACCCAUCGCCGGCGCGCUUGUCAAUACGGCGACGGACGACUACGCACAUGGUCAAGCCUUUGGAGGCGCGGCCAGUUUGUUCGGCGGCCUGCUGCUCAUAUACCCUGCAGUGACUAUUGCAAGAGGGAACAAGCGUUAUCAAAAACCCCAACCACCAGUGCAUGAUAUUGAGAUUACUUCUCCACCUAUCGAGGGCGAAAAAGUGGUAUCAGCAUGAAAUUGUUAAAGGGUCCCCAAUCGCUCUCGAGACAGCCUCUCACUAGUCACAAUCACGAAAUGUGCCUGGACCUCUGGCAUUCGUCGGGCUUGCAGGACGCCGAAUUACAGACUGAGCAGCGAACAAGUGGCCGGGUCAGCCCUCUAGCACAGUCAAUGGGAAUUUGCACCUUGCCUUGUCGAUCUAAUCUGCAACUUUAUGAUGAACGGGGAAUCUGACAGCAUUUUAGCCAGUUGAUAUGUGUAUGUUGCACUUUGCUUCUAUUUGCACAUGCGCAGAUGACUGUUUUCUAAAAAAAAUUCCUGGCGCGGAAAGAUACAUAUAGACAUAGACAUAGAUAUGUAUAUAAUCUCAAUGUCCAUACGG